CACAGUGCAACAUUCAAGUUACCCAUUGUGUCACCCAGGGUACUCCAGCAUGGUGGGACAUUUUCCAUUGUCACUUCUUUGAGCAUCCUGGUUUGGUGUGUUCUGAGAACAGGACAUAGUUGUGGAAAGCAGUGUCCACUAGCUUUAUAAGCACUAGUCAGAUCAUCUUGAGUUUGUAGGCCAUUUUUCUGGGUGUUUUAGAAUGGAGAGAAAGGGGACUCGAUUUCAUUUGGAUUAGCAGAAUUAAGAGUGAGCCUCUGCAAGCGAAGGAGUGACACAGUAAGAAAGGAUGCUGGGUCUGGGCCACGUGUGGGAGUCUUCAACCUGGAGAGCUGUGCACUGUUCUUCCCAGAGCCCUGGCCUGUGCUGGGCAUUGUAGGGAGGAACUGUGUAAGGCCCUUGACUAUCAGGGAGAAAGUCUUGACGUCCGGUUAUUAGAUUGUCCAUUUGUUAGAUUUCUGAUUUGGCCAGGUUUAGGGGCCUUGGGUUUAGAGUCACUGAUUUUAAGAUUAGGUACAAUACUACCUGAUCUCCAGUUACCUAAACAGCAGUCUUGUUCUGGAAUUUUCCAUGUAGUAAAUCCUGACACUAUAAUACAAAUCAGUUAGGCUGUAUGUGGGUUUAUGUGGUUCUGUGAAGGCUUUCUUUUUUGGAAGCUUAGUUAAUUGCUUUAGAAAAAGGUUUGCUCUUCUAUUUAGUUGGAAGAUGAUAUUUUGCUUCUACUAGAAAUAAGUCCUUAACUGCUGCAUAGUUAGGGCUUAGUAUUAAUGGGAGGCGAGCUGUCACCAGAUACAAACUAACCAGAUCCCUGGGUGUGACAGCACUCUAAGUCUACCUAUUAUGGCAGGAUCAAGUCCUGAGAUGCCAUGUGCAGGGGUUAACUGAAACACUGCACCUCUCAACAACAGCCAGUUGUAACUGAGCACACUUCACAGCUGACAGGAUUUGCCUGAUGUCUGCUGUUCUUGGAAUUUGUAUAUAAAUAUUUGCCCGGUGAUUAAUCAACAGAACAUUUAAGUGACAAGUUCCUUUGUGGAGGGUGUGUUUCAGCCCAAGACAUUAUAGUGGACAAGUUCUACCUGUUUCACUGCCUUUGGGCCACACGUCCCAGGCAGUUGUCACCCCACUGUUCCACCCAAGAAGCUGAGCAGAUACAUGUCUCAGAGCAAACAUGCGGAGGCCCGAGAGCUUAUGUACUCAGGAGCGUUGCUUUUCUUCAGUCACGGCCAGCAAAACAGUGCGGCAGACUUAUCUAUGCUGGUCCUGGAGUCCCUGGAGAAGGCAGAAGUGGAUGUGGCUGAUGAUCUGCUGGAAAACCUGGCUAAAGUGUUCAGUUUGAUGGACCCAAAUUCUCCGGAGCGAGUGGCAUUUGUGUCCAGAGCCCUUAAGUGGUCCAGUGGAGGAUCUGGGAAACUGGGCCAUCCCCGGCUCCAUCAGCUGCUGGCCCUCACACUGUGGAAAGAACAGAACUACUGUGAGUCUCGGUAUCACUUCCUGCACUCCACGGAUGGUGAGGGCUGUGCCAAUAUGCUGGUGGAGUACUCCACUGCCCGGGGCUUCCGCAGCGAGGUGGACAUGUUCGUGGCCCAGGCUGUGCUACAGUUUCUUUGUUUAAAAAACAAAAACAGUGCAUUGGUAGUCUUCACAACAUACACACAGAAGCACCCGUCGAUCGAGGACGGUCCCCCAUUCGUUCAGCCCCUGCUCAAUUUCAUCUGGUUCCUGCUCUUGGCUGUGGAUGGGAAACCUGCUGAGCAGCCUCAUGGGCUCCUCAGAGCAGGAGGAGGGGGAGGAGAGCCAGGACGACAGCAGCCCCAUCGAGCUGGACUGAGCUGCUCAGCCUGCGUGGAGAUGCCCGGCCAGUGCUGCCCAGAUGGCUUCAGGCUCGAGGCCCGGAAGGUGGCUGCUCAUACCUGGUGGCUCCUGCACUGCAGCCGGCAGGGGCUGCCUUGCAGUGUCUGUCCCUAUUUAUGGAAGGUGGCGGAGUGCUGCACGGUGGCCUGGCGCUGUGUGACUGGGAUGCAACUCGAGGCUCCUGCAGCCGACUGUGUCCCCUCAGCUCGAUCCACAAUAAAGCACAGGCCCUGCUGCGUCUCCCUCUGCCGUCCUUGUCUCUGGUUCCUUGGGGAGGGCUGUAGGGCUGGCGGCCUGGUGUCCAGCACAGCCCAUGGUGUGGACCAGGAAGCAGUGGCCACCAGAUGUGGACUGAGCUGGGACUUCUGCGACCUCACAAGUGAGACCAGUUUCUUGUUUAUAUUUUUGUUUCGAACAUGGGGUCAUUUUGUAGUCAUGGUGUCCCUCUCCCUGUUGGAAUGCGUCAGCUGUAGGGCCAGCCCGUGCCCGCUGGUCUUCCAGGCCAUGGCGCUCCCCCACUCUCACCCCAUGUGGCCAGUGAGGUUCCUCUGCGCAAGUCCAGAGCCAAAGCCCCGCUGGCCUCUGGGUGCCUCGAUGCAUGUCCCAAAGCAUCAUUUCUGAAAGGGUGCCGCAGAACGUGCCCUCCAUGAUGCAAUAUUUAUUUUUAUUGGGUAAUAGGUUUCUCUAACCUAACAUUUUAGGUGUUAACCAAAUAACCAGGAAUGAGCAAAUCUGUCCUUUAUCACUGAUAAUAUUCCACAUUACCAGUAUAAUUAUAAAGGGCAACACUUUAUUUUUUCACAAUUAAAAUAAGAGUUGUAGAUUAAUACACAGUGACCAUGCAUGGGAAGGAGGGAAAAAUACGUUAUUUACUGUAAAAAUGGAAUUUAAAGGGAGGCUUGUGUCAAUGUUGCGUAUAAAUAAAUCCUUUGUACUGGCC